AUGGAUCGCUCCCUUGUCACAGCACCGGAGCGCUUAGAAUCGGCGACUCUCCGACUUGACACGCUGAACGCUGUCCCUGCCUUCAGCGGCGGCACAACUCCUUGUUUGUCACCCGCGAUUCAGCCGACGAUAUCUGUGGAUAAGCAGAGCGAUGAUGCCGGGGGUACGGACUGGGUGCCGACGUCGCUGAGUGCGAUUGGUCGACAGGCGCCGGUGGCUAUCCACACGGUUAGCUCACAGCUGGCGUCUGCCACCAGCACCUGUGUCUUCUACCCGUUUGAUACGCUAAAGACUCGGUUUAUGGCGCAAGACGGCACCGCUUUGCGCCAGCACAACGGCCGCGUCUAUUCAUCCAUGAACAGCUCACUGGCGCUCAUCUACCGAGAGGAAGGGCUGCGCACGUUGUUCCGCGGGUGCCCGGUCGCCGUUGCCGGCUCAGUUGUCGCGUGGGGCGUGUAUAUGUACUUGUACCGCCAGCUGUGCAACCUGACCGAGUACACGUCGUAUGUUGGACGCUCGGGGGUCUCGGUUCUGUCCAGCUCCAUUUCCUCCUGCGUCACCUGCCCUAUUUUCCUCGUCAAGUCACGCAUGCAGCUGGAGGAGGCGAAUUCCAGCUCGCAUUACCCCUCCUUUUGGAGAGGUAUGCGAUACACGGUGCAGACGACUGGUGUGCGCUCCCUCUGGCGCGGGUUGUCGCUGCAGCUCUUCUUGAUCUUUCCCAACGCACUGGGCAUCCCCACCUACGACACACUGAAGCGGUUUGUUCUGCGGCAACGCUGGCGUCAGGCUGAGGUCGCAGAGCUGAACCUCUUUGAGAUUGGGGUCUGCUCUGCUCUGACGAAGGUGUGGAUUCUCAUCCUGUCGCACCCGCUCGUUAUGAUGAAGGUGCGCAUGCAAGACGAGCGGGCCACGCUCGGCACCUAUCAGUAUCGAUCCAUCGCACAGAGUACCUCAAACGUGCUCAAGACGCAAGGGCUGCGUGGCAUGUACCGCGGCUUUUGCCCAGCCCUCGUGCACUCCCUACCCCGCUCCCUCCUCCACUACUACAUCUACGAGAAGACACUGUCGCUGCUGUGCCGCCGCUAUCCUUCACCGUAG